GGAAACUGUAACAGGUCAUAUUUCUGCGGUGUCUGACCAGGAAAUUAUGGUCUUUAUCUCUUUACCCUCCUCACCUUUGUUGCAUUCCAUACACAACAAUGGGCUGGGUUUAUAAUGCCACCCCCGAGGUGGAGGCAAUGUCGCAAUACCGUCUCAUAUUAGGAGUAUGUCUAAGUUUGACUGUGCUGAUGGUUGUUGUCGUCUCAUUGCGACUGUUUGUUCGGGCUCAAUCAGGUCGACUGGCAGCGGCGGACUGGGUGAUGGCUGGCAGUAUGAUAUUCAGUAUUAUCUAUAGCGCUCUUUGCAUCUCUCAGAGUCGAUAUGGACUCGGGUUACCGCUGAAGGAUCGUCCUAAGCCAGAUUUCCCGACAUACAGCAAGCUUAACUAUGCAGGGCGUCCUUUCUACCAGGUCGGUAUUGCAGGGUUCAAGGCUUCGCUUGGCCUUAGCUAUCUACGCCUGAUCUCUGGAACCUCCAAGAUCACCUAUCGAACUAUCAUUUGGAUUGUGAUCGCCGUCUGUACGCUGGGCCAUAUCGCUGGGGCCCUUGUCCUGAUCUUCAAUUGCACGCCGGUUCGACGAGCAUGGAAUUCUCGCAUUGAAGGCACCUGCCUUCCAGUCGGAGCGACGUUUUACGGUCUCGCAAUUUUCACUAUCAUUUGCGACGUUCUUAUCAUUGUGCUGCCUAUUCCACUCCUUCUCAGCCUGAACAUCAAGACUGCGCAAAAGGCAGGUGUUGUGUGCCUUUUCCUCCUCGGCCUAUUUACGACAGUCUGUUCCAUUCUGCGACUCACACAAAUUCAUCGCGUGGCUUUUGGGGACGGUAAUUCGACAAUGCUCGUAUUGUGGGGAACAAUUGAAUUUAACGUGGGAAAUAUUGUCACCUGCGCUCCUUACUUGGCGCCUCUGUUAAAGGGAGUAGUGCGGGACUUUCGAUCUAAUAGCGGCAAAACGAAGGGCAAUUAUUAUGACAGCCGGGGCAGAAGCUAUGCAAUGGAGAACUGGUCGAGAGAUGGGCGUUCUCAGUUGCAGUCAAAUGUGUCUGCGCCAGCACCUCCGAAACGGACCCCAAGUGAGGAACUCAUUUUGUCGAGCCAGGAUCGGGACCACGGAGGUAUUGAGAUGACAGUGGAAUACAGUGUGUCAUUGGAGAACAAGUCGACGAAGCAUGAUACCUAAAGAUCCACAAGGCGGAAGGUUUUGCGCGAUUUAAUUCAUGUACAUUAUUAUUACCAAUGUGUGAAACUAGUUAACAUGCU